AUGUCGCAAAAAUUCUUAAGUAAAAAGCGAAGAGGAGACGAAGAGUACAAAGGUCCCGUCAAAAAAAUCAGCAUUAAACAAUCAAAAAACGAACGUGGAAGAGGGUCUAAAAGUGACGGCGUAGUUUCCAGCUCCAGUCCCGCUUUAAAUAGCGAUUCAAAUGCCGGGGAUGACGACGCUUUAAUUCCAAAAAUGGCUAUGUUAAAUGCUGAUGCAAUAAUCUAUGCUUCGCAGUCAGAGAACAGCUAUUCGUCAAAUGAUCCUGUCUCUAAACUCUUUGGAAAACAAGAUUUCUCAAAUAUUCUCUUAAAGCCCGAUCAUGAGUCGCGUCCGCUUUGGAUAAAUCCUAUCAAUGGAACUAUUACGCUUGAAGCUUUUUCACCUAUAGCUGAACAAGCCCAAGACUUCUUGAUAGCAAUUAGUGAACCGAUUAGCAGGCCAGCUCAUAUCCACGAAUACAAACUCACUCCAUAUUCUUUGUAUGCUGCUGUAUCAGUCGGACUAGAAACAGAAGACAUAAUUGAAGUAUUAAACCGAUUGUCAAAGAUACAGAUUCCCGAAUCAAUCAUAAAUUUGAUACGACAAUGUACCAUCUCCUAUGGUAAAGUGAAACUGGUGUUAAAACAAAACCGCUAUUUUGUUGAAUCUUCAUACCCGGACACAUUACAAAAAUUACUGCAAGAUCCGAUAAUUGCUGCUGCGCGACUUGUCAAUUCAGAAGAUGAAAAGGCAGGAAUUUUCAAAGAAAAGGCGCCUUCUUUGAAUGGUUUGGUCAUUGUACCCCCACAGAAACCUCCAGAAAAAUCAGCAGAAGGAAAGCCUGAAACUAACACCGAAGAAGCCUCUAAAGACGCGAAAAAGGAUGGGUCGGAUCUAUUUCACACAGUUAAUGUCAAAAAACGGUGCAAUGAACUUGAUUAUCCAAUGAUGGAAGAAUAUGACUUUCGCAACGAUAAUAAUCUAGCACCACUUGAUAUUGAUCUUAAGCCUAUUACUGUUAUUAGACCGUAUCAAGAGAAAUGUCUGAGCAAGAUGUUUGGUAACGGCCGUGCGCGGUCAGGCAUCAUUGUAUUGCCUUGUGGUGCCGGCAAGACACUAGUGGGCAUUACGGCCGCGUGCACAAUCAAAAAGAGUACACUUGUUCUGUGCACUUCUGGUGUUUCUGUAAUGCAAUGGAAACAACAAUUUCUACAGUGGUCUAACAUUCGUGAUUCUCAAAUAGCAGUUUUCACUUCUGAUCAAAAAGAAAAGUUUUCAGGGCCAUCUGGGAUUGUAAUCUCAACAUAUAGUAUGGUUGCCAAUACACGAAACCGAUCACAUGAAGCUCAAAGAAUGAUGGACUUUAUUAAGGGACGUGAAUGGGGAUUCGUUUUGCUAGACGAAGUACACGUUGUACCAGCAAAUAUGUUCCGACGCGUCGUGACAACCAUAGCGGCGCAUACAAAGUUAGGUCUGACGGCUACUUUAGUUCGAGAAGACGAUAAAAUUAGUGAUUUAAACUUCUUGAUCGGACCGAAGUUAUACGAAGCAAAUUGGUUGGAUCUUGCGUCAAAAGGACAUAUUGCUAAUGUACAAUGCGCGGAAGUUUGGUGUCCGAUGACUCCAGAGUUUUACGGUGAAUAUUUGCGUGCUAACUCGAGAAAAAGAACGCUGUUAUAUGUGAUGAACCCCAAAAAGUUUCAGGCGUGUCAAUACCUGAUACGGUAUCAUGAGGAACGCGGAGAUAAGAUUAUUGUAUUUAGUGAUAAUGUCUUUGCCCUAAGGGCAUACGCAAUUAAGCUUGGUUGUUUUUUUAUAUAUGGAAAAACACAACCUCAAGAGCGGAUAAGAAUCUUGCAAAAUUUCCAAUAUAACCCAAAGGUGGGUGACACGUCUAUCGACUUGCCCGAAGCCACUUGCUUAAUCCAAAUCUCAUCCCAUUACGGAUCACGCCGACAAGAAGCCCAACGUUUAGGACGUAUUCUUCGUGCAAAACGAAGAAAUGAUGAAGGAUUUAAUGCAUUCUUCUACUCGCUAGUAUCGCAAGACACACAAGAAAUGUUCUAUUCAACAAAACGACAACAAUUUCUUAUCGACCAAGGUUAUGCUUUCAAAGUAAUUACUAAACUGGAUGGGAUGGAAAAAGCUCCAAAUCUCGUAUAUCAAAAGAAAGAGGAGCAAGUAAGAUUAUUAAAUGAAGUACUAGAGGCUAAUGAGAGUGACGCCGCUAUCGAUGAUGAUGUGGAAGCCAAUGCCGAUGACUUGCCCGGCACUACAACAAGUACAAAUUUCGAAAGAAUUCCUGGAUACACGCGAAGUUCCGCCAGUCUAAAGAGUUUGAGUGGUGCUGAUGGUAUGUCAUAUUUGGAAAGCGACGGGCAAACGUUCAGGAAGGCGAUUGGCGUCGGUGGUGGAUCUUUAGAACAUUUGAAAGGUAAUAAAGGUAAAGGGAAAAAGAGACAAGCAGAGGAAAAAGCUCAACAAAAUCCUUUUUUUAAGAAGUAUCGAAAAAAAUAA